UCUUCCACACACUCGAGACUCGAGAGCCAGCCAGCUUCCAGCUUCCAGCUUCCAGCAGCGCACGGGCUGGGCUGAGCCUGAGAGGCACCACCACCACCACCAGGGAUAGGAUGGCGCCUACCGCCUCAUCCUUCCUCGCCGUCUUCCUGCUCGUGGCGGCGGCCGCGUCGACGCCGGCGCGGUCGUGCGCGCCGAGCGACCUACGCGCGCUGCUGAGCGUCAAGCAGGCGCUGGGCAACCCGGCGACGCUGUCGUCGUGGAGCCCGUCGUCGCCCAACUGCUGCGGGUGGGACCACCUCCGGUGCGACGACGCCGGGCGCGUGAACAACGUCUUCAUCGACGGCGCCGCCGACGUGCACGGCCAGAUCCCGUCGGCGGUGGCGGGGCUGACUGCGCUCAUGUCGCUGUCCCUGUUCCGCCUGCCGGGGCUCACGGGCGCCAUCCCGCCCUGCCUCGCGGGGCUCUCCAACCUGCAGUUCCUCACCAUCUCCCACACCAACGUGUCGGGCCCCAUCCCGGAGUCCCUGGCGCGGCUCCGCAGCCUGGACUCGGUCGACCUCUCCAGCAACAAGCUGUGCGGGCGCAUCCCGGCGUCGUUCGCCGACCUGCCCAACCUCCGGUCGCUGGACCUCCAGCACAACCAGCUGACGGGCCCCAUCCCGGCGGGGCUCGUGCAGGGGCAGUUCCGGUCGCUGAUCCUGUCCUACAACCAGCUGAGCGGGCCGAUCCCGCGCGACGACGCGCAGGACGAGAUCAACACGGUGGACCUCUCCCACAACAAGCUCACCGGCGACCCCUCCCACCUGUUCGUCUCCGGGCGGCCCAUCGGGAAGGUGGACCUGUCGUGGAACUACCUCGACUUCGACCUCAGCAAGCUGGUGUUCCCGCCGGAGCUGACGUACCUGGACCUGUCCCACAACCACAUCCGCGGCACCGUGCCGGCGUCGCUGGAGCGCCUGUCCACGCUGCAGAAGCUGGACCUCAGCUACAACAACCUGUGCGGGCCGCUCCCCAGGGGGCAUGGCGUCAUCAAGCACGGGUGCAAGCCGUUCGCGCACAACCAGUGCCGCCACGGGACCCCGCUCGCCGGCUGCCAGGACCUGUCGUGAGCGCGCCCCGCCGCCGGGCGGAUCGCUGCUCGCGUGCGUCCCCGUACGUGGCCGUGGUGUGUGGUGAGCGGAGCACGACGGUGCUCGGUGUUCUUCUUAGCUAUAGACAAGAGAGUGCGCUGCGUGGCGGCAAUGCCGAUCUCGA